AGUACAAGGCUUACAAAAUAUAAGUCCAGGGAUUGAUUUCUUCGACUAAAAGACAGUGUUCCAGCAUGGCCACAGUGAAAAUAACUGAGACAAGUAAAAGUGUAAUGUUUCUGUGUACUUUCUCUGUUCAUUCAGAUAAGCUGUAGAAAUUGUUGCACUUGCGCAAACACAAACACAAGAAUUCUCCAGACAUUUAGCUGUUAUUUUUAGCAUACCGAGUUUCGUGGUGAGAGCUUCACAUGCCGUGAUCCUUUUGCUGUUGUACUAUAAAUCUAUGCAUGUGCAAACGGACAAAACAGUGGGACGAGAUUGCAAGAAUAUGAGAUGGCAUUCGAUUAAAAGUAUGAUUUAACUUCAACACAAUCAGAUUUACUACAAAAAUUGCAACAACUUGAGAUAUUGACACUGAUAAAAGUUGAUGGAAAUAUAUCUAGAAAUAUUUAUUUGGAAUAAAUAUAAAAGCAAAAAAUAGAAAUAUCUAUAUAUUGAAGUGAGAAAAGAAAAAUUAUGGGAAAAUGAAUACUGUGAAAAAUUUCAAGGGUCGACAUAUUUCUUUCCCAAAAAGAUGUCAAAUGAAAUAGGUAAAACACAAUACCACUGUGAUAUCUGUGAAAAGUCAUUCUCUCAGAAAGGUAACCUGACCACUCACAAACGUAUUCAUACAGGAGAGAAGCCAUAUCACUGUGAUAUCUGUGGUAAAUCUUUCUCUGCAAGUAGCAACUUAACAAAACACAGAAAUAUUCACACAGGCGAGAGGCCAUUUCACUGUGAUACCUGUGGUAAAUCAUUCUCUCAAAAUGAUCAUCUAACUAAGCACAGACGUACUCAUACAGGAGAAAAACCAUAUUGUUGUGAUAUCUGUAGAAAAUCAUUUUCUCAAAAUAAUGAGUUAACUAAUCACAAACAUAUUCAUACAGGAGAGAAGCCAUUUCACUGUGAUAUCUGUAUCUACUUUGGUGAGAUAACUUUCCAUUGUGAUAUUUUUAAUUGA